UAGUAUAAGAUAUGUGGGUCAUCAAGGUAGAUUAACAAUAUUAUUUUCAAUAUUAUCUUCAAUAUUAUUGUCAAUAUUAUUAAUAUUGUUUAUCUAUCUCGAUGUAUAUAACACUUUAUAUGCCUAUAUUCGGCAACCAUUUUAUCUUUAGUCGUGGCCCUAAAGUUUGGUAGCUAUAUUACAUCAUAAAUCUUAUAAUACCGUGUCGAAAACUGUUAUGUCCGAUACAAUUAUUAAUAAAUUUGAUCCGCAAAUAAAAUAGGCCAUGGAAAUCAGUGACAGCAUUAGAAGUUAAAUUACAAAUCUAGUACUCAUUUGAUCGUAUCGGUAGUUAGCCAAUCUCAUAUUUUUAAAUAAAUUACCCGUGGAACAUUGAGUUUGAAUGGACAGGAAUCCAACAUUUUUGUUGGCCCAUGGAACAAAAUCCAGCAUUACACUCAUCUCUUACCAUAGGAAUUGAUCUCCCAUGACAAAUAUCAAAAAUAAGUAUUUAACAGAGCUGAUAAUAUAAAAUCGAGUCAUGUUUAAAACCAGAAACAGAACAUUCAGUAAAUUGGAACGAAAAAAGUUUACAGGGAUGCGAUGCUCAGUUAGAUUUUGUAAUAGGAAAACAUCAGAUAAAGACUUAAGUUUUUUCAACUAUCCAGCUGAUGUAGAACGACGAGCUUUAUGGAUUAAAGCUUGUGAAACACAACGAAAAGUCAGCUUUAAUCCUAAGUAUCAAAAUAGUUUUCGUGUUUGUGGAGAUCAUUUUGAAAAACACAUGUUUUUAAAUCAGAUAACUAAAAACCGAUUAGUUUUUAACGCAGUCCCUACAUUAUUCAAUGAUGAAAUAUUGGAUCUAAGAAGAAACUUGAAAAAAAGAACAAUUUACUCUGAACUAAUUGAAGACACUGAUAAUGAGAUUUUAAGUGAUGUUGAAUUUGAAAAUCCAGAGAGUUUAAUUGAACCCUCAUUAGAUAUUUCGUACAAUUCAUCUUCAUCUUUUAUUCAAAUGUCAUCUCCAAUACAAUCUAGCCUAUCAGAAAACUAUUCUAAUGAACUCUCCACAGAAACCUACAUUAAACCUGAACUAGGAAAAAUAAAUCAAUUAUUAAAUGCUGUUAUUCUUUUAAGUCAGCAGUUAAAAAAGUAUGAAAGUGAAGAGGAUAUUUUAAAGUUAUGUGAUAAAUAUUUGUCCCCAGAAUUAUUUAAAAUGGUUAAGUUACAUAUGGAUGUAAAAUUGGAAAUGAAUGUAGAUAUAGAAAAUAAUAAAUAUAUUCAACAUUUUGUAUAAUACAUUUUAACAUCAGUUGAACAUAGUUUAAAAAA